AUGGACUCCAGUGGUCCUAGGACAUCCCCGCAACCCGUCACCAACGGCGGUGGCGCCGCCCAGGUCGAGCCUCCGCAUGAUCUGUCCCAGGUGUUGCAGGCACUGGAGGCUAUUUACGACUCUCGCUCCUCCAACGACACCCGUAAGGAAGCGACUGCCUAUCUUGACCAGGCGAAGAAACUUCCCGAGGCGCCCUCCCACGGCUUCACGUUGGCAAUCGACAGGGCCCAACCGGCCGCCCUCCGCCACUAUGGCCUGUCUAUGCUCGAAUAUUCGAUAAAGUAUGGCUGGGAAGACUACACCGUUGAACAGGGCGAUGCGUUGCGAGACUACGUGAUACAACUCGCGCAGGGUAUCUCUGAAGAGGACCCGGUCUAUCUGCGGAACAAAGUCGCUCAGCUAUGGACAGAGGUAGCGAAACGCUCCUGGGGCGCCGAGUGGAUGGACAUGGACGAGCGGCUUGUGGGACUGUGGCAGUCGUCGCUCCACCACCAGGCGGUGGUGCUCUACGUGCUCGAAACACUGUCGGAAGAAAUCUUCACCCGUGAAGACCCAACCGCUGUCCUGCGAGGAAAAGAUCUGGGCAGGGCGUGCGUCGAUAUAUUUCUUCCGGCUGCCGUGCUCGCGCAGCACUUGCCUGACCGGGACACCAAUCUAAAUCUCAAAUUUGGUGAAGAUGGCUGGCUGAAGAGACUAUGUGAUCUCCUGAGUUGGUGUUUGGCCAACGACUUCCAGAACAACGAACGCAUCACUACCUGCGCGAUCAAAACGCUGAACACCCUCAAAGCAGCGGUAGCAUGGGUUAUGUUGCCCGGCAUUGCUACGACGCAAAUCAUCGAGCACGUGUGCAAAGCACUUGCGGUGCCCGUGGUCACCAUUCAACAGGUGACGAGCCCACUACCUGAAGCCCUCUCAUCAGACACUAACGUGAUACAUAGGCCGCAGUCGAAGUGCUAUGACAAGGCUUUCGUUGACAUUGUCUGCCCCAUGUUCACCCCCGGAACCGUUUCUCUCCUCCAAGAAGUCUACAGUUGGACGCUAGUAGACAUGGAUGUUCAUGACAUUAAUGAGCAGAAAUAUUCGCUUUGCAAGAAACUCGCUGAGCUUGCUGCUAGUCUAGGGAGCUUUAUAGAACACAAACCGCAGCUCAUUCCCGAAGGCAGUGAUAUUCCUGGGACGCUCAAUUUGUUUUUUGAUAUGCUCCGCAAUCCCAGCUUGGUGGUCUCCAUUCCUGUAUUGCAUUGUUGGACCAAACUUUUGAGAUCGCGCAUAGUCCGAGAGUCUGAGGUUGUGAACCAGAUGAUCGGCGGCCUUCUAGAGACCUGCUGCUCACGGCUGGUUCGCUACGAAGCCUUGCCAGAGGACUCAGAUGACGUUACCUUGCUAUUUCUUAACGAAGACAUUGACACUUUCCCGGAGCGACACGCGUUCCUGGGUAAUUAUCGACGAUAUUGCGAGGAUGUGGUUGAGGUCACCGUGCGGAGGACGCCUAUCGAAGCAAUGCAACACAUCUUCGGGCAGGCUGAUACCCUGUUCCAAAAUCUGUACAACGGAAUUCCGCCCUUUCAAGCCCAAUCUUUUCACAAGCAUUCCACCCCGGUUCUCCGAGUCGACGCACAAGUAACGGUGAUCAACGCUGCCCUUCGUGGAUAUCUCAAAUGGCUAUCCACACAAGGGUCAGAUCCACAAAAAGACGAUCACGACAGGAAUGCCAUGCAGGACGCUAUCGAGCAAUGGUGCAGGCAAUUGAUGAACCGCAGAUUCGAGGAUCCUGAAAUUGCAAGAAAAGUUAUCCAGCUUCUGGUCACGUUUUCUACAAAAGCUCUCCCCGAGAGUUCUGCCUUUGCUCUGAGUCUGUUAGAGUACAUACUCAAUUCCCACCUUCCAGAUAAUCCCGCCACGCCUACAUACUCAGAUGCGGUCAAAGACCUUGAGCGAACAUGCAGUCAAGAGAUGUCGAAGCUCGCUAUGAUGUUUCCAAAUGAGUUCAUGGGUGUGUACGACGAACUGGAGCGUAAGAUCAACAGCAUUCUGUCCGCACAGACGGAUGAUGAUCGACAGCGGAUGGCAUUCUCUGGAUUCUUAUUCAUCAUAUUACAUCGCUCUACCAUCAUUGAUCAGGAGACACGCGAGGUUCGCUUACGGCAUAUGCUAGGAACAGUCAAAGACGCUUGGCAAAAUGACGAGUUUACACAGUCGUUGUCGUCCUUUGGCUCAUUCUGCGAAAUGCUUGGAAUGAGUCGAUUGCCGGACUUUUUCUCAGCUCACAAAUUUCAACGCGUUCUGGAUUGGUCGGCCCAAUCCCUCGAUGGCGAAGGUCAGACGAUGCAGGCCAGCAUCCUCGAACGAUCUCAACGCCUUCCUCUGCGCCUCACGAAGACCUUGUUGGCUGCGUCAACCGAGAAACUAAGAGAUGGUUCUCCAAAUUACGAGACAGCACUUGUCUUGUGGUCUGAAGCCAUACCAUCCAUUUUGCCCAACCUCCUCCAACUCAUUAGCCACGCUCAAGCCUUCAAUAACAUCGAAAAUUGGUCACACUUACCAGAAGAAUUCCAGCUUGUUAUCAAAAAGGUUCUUACGGAUCGCUUUUGGCAGGCGGGCAUUUCCACAGAGAGCAGAGAUGAUUUCUUUGCCCGGGUAAGUGGGUCGAAGUCCACAUUUGAAGGCUUUGCAUCUACCGUUCGGGGCACCGUCCGCCAAAUCCGAGAAAGCUCAUACUACAUCCUUUACUCACUCACCCGCUUUCGCGACUUCUUUUACGGCAUUCCAGAUCUGCCCGCGCCCCUCAGCCAAUCACUAUUUGGCAAUGCUCAUGCACUAUCAGCACAUCAUUUGUCCGUUUUGUUGAGCGUAUCGACACAGCUGAUCGAAGGAUGUCCUGGCCAUCUGAGGGCGCAUUUCUUGCCACCGAUGGUCGCCGGUCUUUUCAGGGAGCUUGAUCGCAAAGUCACUACUGAAUGGGAUGCAAUCAAUAAAGUGAUCAGUGAGUCUGGCCAGAACGACAAUCUCAGUGAUGAGAUGAAGACGGAAAGCAUCCUCCGCCAGCUCACAUAUUCGGCCGUCACAUUGGUCUCGUCGUUGAUGAAUUUUCAGCGACCUGAUUCUCCCACCAGAGAGGGCCAGAAAACCAAAUCCCAGAGCAUGUCGGAAUUCAUUAUGGCUACUCCCGAAGUUCUGGAGCCGAUUUUCUUGUUCUGCAAGAACACCAUUCGUGUCCGUGACACUCGCUGCGUCACCUUGGUGGUACGGGUACUACGAUCAUUGAUCCCCUGGUUUAGAGAGAAGUCUCAAAUCAGAGAUUUCUACUGCAUCGACAUUCUCCAAGCGGCGAUCACCUCUCUCCACGAGCCAUACUUUGUUGACUGCCAAAAGGAGCUUGCCCUUCUCAUCGCGGCCAUAAUUCUUCUUGACGAAGACAUUCCAAGGUCCAUCAUCAUGUCGUUACCAGGAAUGCCCGACAAGACAUAUCGAGUCGACCGAAAACUCAGCCAACUUCGCGGAGCCAACCAAAACACAGCGCUCCAGCGCUCAAUCGUGCUAGAUCUCCUCUCCAGCGUUCGCGGGGUGAGCAUCCACGAGCAAGGCAGGAUUGAGCGACCAAAGCCCCGAAAGUCGACAAUCAAGGAGGAAUACAUGACGGUUGAUCCGACACCCACCAUUGUUCGCGGCACCUCCCCCGGACUUGCUGGUAUUGCGGACAUGUUCGGCCAGGACUGA